GUGGCAAUAGCAACAUAACCUUACAAAAUUAAUAAAAUAAAAAUAUAAAAUUUCAAGGGGUUUUUACAAAUCUUAAUCCAUAACGAAUCUAAAAAUAUUACGGAAUCCAUGGCGUUUCUAUUUUUAAAUCGCGCCUGAAAUGACCGACGCCUCCCCGCAUCCGAAUGUAACAACGUACGGUUAUAUCAGUUUUCACCCGCUACUCGGCAACUUUUUAACAAGUUUUUGUUAUUAUUUUACUUAUUUCCUUCAGUCCCUAGAGGAGUACCUCGUAAACACAGUGGAGCACCUAAUUUUAGCUGUACUAGGAUACCUGGCAUUAUGUCUUUUAAUGUUUAUCUUUAUGGGCAUGUUAGGUUUCACCCGAGAGAUGAGAAAUGCCAAGAGGGUUCUCUUUGUCACUGCCCACCCAGAUGACGAAGUCAUGUUUUUCGGACCCAGCAUAAUGCAUUACGUUCAAAAACCUAAUUGUACUGUAUAUCUUAUGUGUCUGUCUUCAGGCAAAAACUAUGGUAUGGACAAAGUAAGAACCAAUGAACUGUAUGAAUCAUGUAAAAUACUAGGCAUUAAAGAAGAAAACAUAUUUGUACAUAACAACACGGAUCUUCCAGAUGCUAUGGAUGUACGGUGGCCCCUCGAAAUCAUUGCCAAACAUGUUAUUCAUACUGUCGAGGCUUUUAAUAUAACAAACAUAGUGACAUUUGAUAGGUAUGGUAUAUCUGGGCAUCAAAACCACUGUAGCAUAUAUUAUGCUAUUGCUAACCUAAUAUUAGAUGAAGAACUACCAAAAACAUGUGGAGUGUUUGUAUUAGAAACUGUAAAUAUUGUUAGAAAGUACGGGCUUAUUUUAGACAUCCCCAUAUCAUUUAUUAUGUCCAGGUUUCGCGUGUUGGGAGGUUUUCGGCAAAGGUCUCGCUUGUUUGAGGCAAUGUACAAACACAAGUCCCAACUAGUGUGGUUUCGCAGAUUAUACUUGUGGUCCUCCAGGUAUAUGCUCAUUAAUACUCUCACACAAGUAAACCUGGUUGACAUUGAGCUGGAUUACUUAGAAAUGGAAGAUUGACAGGGUAUUAUGACUGCAAGCUUUAAGUUUUAAAUGAAAAUUGUGUGAUUAAAUCAGAAGUUUAACUUCCACAUAAAUGGUAUUCAGUGUUACUUAGAUGGAUAGGUUUGUAAAAAUUAAUUUAAGGAUCCGCUUUAUUGAUGUUGUGAGCUAUGAUGAGUAAAUCUAAAUUGAUGUAUAUAUUUUUCAAGUUUUCUACUUUCGAUAAUGUGUGUACUCAUUUAGGGCUACGUUUUUUUAUAGUCGUCACAUAUCAUUUGUUAUUUGGAUUUUCAAAAAAUCUCAAUUUAAAAUGCUCGUUAUUCAAUAGGUGAAUAAUGAGAAUAGUUAAAUAAAUAGUCUUUUAAUUUAAUAAACGGCAUAAAGAUGUUUGAGAUUACCGAAAUUCAAGCUUUAUCAUUGGGAUCUCGGUGAUUAAGUUAUGGCAAAGUUGUGUAAUUUAAGGAUUAAUAAUACCUUUAUUUUUUUGAAGUA